UCUCCGUCCAACGGUCCAACUCCAGUCCUAGCAGCAUCGCCAUUCUCACUCUCCCUCGGUAUCUGCGGCUCCGCCGCUCCGGGGCUCUCAGUCUCAUUCUAGCUCGGCUGCAUGCGCAUUCUUUCUCUCUCCGUCUCUGCUUAGCCAUCCCCAGAUCGGUCUUUCCGGCAAAAUUUGUGCCAUAUUUCUCCAGUUGUUAGAACUAACAACGUUACAGCGGGGAACAUACCCAUGGAUGUUUAUUCUCUAUUAAUUUAUUUUUAUAGAGAAUAACAUUUCAAGCUUCUUUCUUGUUUAACCCUAUACCAUUCUUUGAUUUCUACGAUAUGGUCAUUGUCUUUGUAAGAAAAACUAAUCCCAGUUUCAUUCAUGUUAGGUUUUCAUUUUUAACAAUUUUGUUCCGGUAGUUCAAUUCUUGAAAGCGUAAAUCUGGUUUUAUAAGUCCUUUUUUCAUUUUUUUCGAAGUUUGAUAUGAAAUCUAAACCUGGAGCUUGUAUCAAAGUAUGGUUUCAAUUUGUUCACCUGCAAAAAACUGUGUCAUUUCCACCGAGUCCACUUCAAAAAUUCCCUGUUUAUGUCAGUGCCACCAACUACUCAACUUUGAGCCAGGCCCAAGUUGGAAAUUCAGUGAAGGAUGAAAGAAUAGAGCAGGCGAACAAUUCUGUAGAAGUUUUGAGGAGAUGGGGUUGCAGCGAUGAUGACAUAUCUAAGAUAUUCUUGCGUCGGCCUUCUUUGAGAAAUGCUGACCUUAGUCAUCUUCAUUCAAAACUUGGCCUACUUCGUGGGUUAGGCCUGACCUCAAAUGACCUUGUUAAGAUCAUCAAUUGUCGGCCACGCUUCCUUAGUUGUCGAAUCAAUCGUUGCUUUGAUGAGCGGCUUGAUUAUUUUAUGACAUUGUUUGGUUCAAGGGAAGUUCUUCUCCAAGCCAUCAUUAGAAACCCUUCAAUUUUGUUGUAUGACUUUCAUGAAAGGAUUAUACCUGUUAUUGCACUUUAUGAAGGUCUUGGUGUGAGUAGAGUGGAUUUGAUUCCUAUGCUACUAUCACGGCCAACAUUAAUUCCACGCUCUUCAUUUGAUGAGGAGAAGAGGGAAUAUAUACGCAAAACUAGGGUGUCCAAGGAUUCAAAGAUGUUUAAGUAUGUAGUUACCCUUGUCGGCAUCUCGCGGUCAGAGACCAUCCGCCAAAAGGUAGCAAACUUAGAGAAAUUUGGGUUUUCAGAUGAUGAAGUUUGGGGUCUCUUUGGACGUUCGCCGCUUGUUUUGACGUUGUCAAUUGACAAGGUUCAGAGAAAUAUGACUUUUGUUGUUGGCACAAUGAAACUCUUGGCAAAUGCGGUGCUUCAGUACCCAUUUUUGCUCUUAAACAAUCUGGAGGCUGUUUUGCGGCCAAGGAUGAUUAUUGCUGAGAAAAUACAGGAAAUGGGGCUUUCUCCAUCAAUCAAAGGAGUCAAUGUGUUCAGGGCAUUGAGAAUGAAAGAAAAACGAUUCUUGGCUGUAUUUGUCAAUUGUCACCCACAGGAAGUUGCCAGCGAGUUGAUGGAGUGUUAUAGGGAUGCCAAAGCCAUUAAGCGGCUAGCGGAAGCCUCAAAGAGACGAUUGCGUACUGGCUUUCCUUUCUGAACUUCAAAGUCUCCCAGGCUUGCAGCAUAUAGACGUAGGAAAGGAGGUAGCUGUAGCUGCAGUGAAGGAUGCUAUAAAAGAAGAUUGCCUAGCAGAGGGAUGCAAUAAUUAGUGAGGUCCAGACUGAAAGCUCACUGGCGUUUCAGGAUUCGGCUCUAAAACUAAUGACAGUUUCAUGGGAAGAGAUUAUGCUAGCUUAAAAUUGAUCCACCUACCAUAUUAGUUUGAGACAUUAUUCACAAUGAAAGCAAAAUAACAAAGGUUUCAUUUUCA